UCACCACUCCUUCACUCUCCCAAAAACCCACCUCCCACUCUCUUCUUCCUCCUCAGCUCACAACCACCACAACCACCGUCGCCGGCUGGAAUAGAUCGCCGGGAAAUGAAUAUUCCGGCGACCUUGUUACACAUAUGCAUACGAAAUGUUCGUAUCUCCGAUCAUCGCCGUCACAUUUUCCACGAUUAUCCAUCAUCGGAAGUCAUACUCUUUUAGCCCAAUUUUUUCCGGGAAAACAAAUUAACAUUGUUCGAGUUUUGAGCAUUUUUAGGUAGUGUAAGAGGAGAGUAAAUGUGUAUGAAAGGAGGAAGCAUUAAUUUCUGAAUUGAGUUGUAGUUUCUGUAUAAAUUUUCUGUGGAUUUUGGUUUUUGAAUCCCAAAGUUUAAUCAGGCUCUGAAAUUAGAGCAGAAAAACUGAGAAAUUUGGUAGGACGGUGCGUCAGUGUCUUGGUAUUUUGUAGAACCCCAAAUAUGCCAUUUCCGAUGAAGAUCCAACCGAUUGAAAUCGAUUCCGAGAAUUUGAUCGAGCCGGCCCGGGUCGACUCGAUGAAACCGGUCUUCAAAUCGCGGCUCAGAAGGCUCUUUGACCGGCAGUUCCCGAGCGUGCUUAGAAUCUCUUCUGCGCAGGAGAAGCCGACCGCUACUGAGCCGCCGUCGCAGCAGCAGAACUACAAUACCAGCAAGGAUGGAGCAACCGUCGCUGCUGUGGCCGAGUUCGAGCCGAGCUCGGUUUGCUUGGCGAAGAUGGUUCAGAAUUUCAUCGAAGAAAGCAACGAGAAGCAGCCGCCGCCGAAAUGUGGCCGGAACCGCUGCAAUUGCUUUCACGGUAACAGCAAUGACAGCUCCGACGACGAGCUCGAUAUCUUCGGUGGAGGCUUCGGCGAUUCAAUCUCCUCCGGUUCGUUCGGUGGCGACGCCUCCGAUAUUUUAAAGAGUCUGAUUCCAUGCGUGAGCGUCUCGGAGAGAAACCUCCUGGCUGAUACGGCGAGGAUCGUCGAAGCAAACAAGAAUCUCAAACAAAAAGACGAUUUGAGGAAGAUCGUCGCCGACGGACUGCAAUCCCUUGGCUACGAUUCCUCCACCUGCAAAUCGAAAUGGGAGAAGUCGUCGUCUUUCCCUGCCGGUGAGUACGAGUAUAUCGAUGUGAUGGUAGAGGGCGACAGGUUGUUGAUUGACAUCGAUUUCCGAUCGGAAUUUGAGGUCGCUCGAUCCACUGGGGUCUACAAAGCCGUCCUCCAAUCGCUGCCCUACAUUUUCGUCGGAAAAUCGGACCGUCUCGGCCAGAUCGUCUCCAUCGUAUCGGAGGCAGCCAAACAGAGCCUGAAGAAGAAAGGCAUGCACUUCCCUCCGUGGCGGAAAGCCGAGUACAUGCACGCCAAGUGGCUCUCUCCUUACACCCGAAAUGCCGUUCACCGUCCCGAAAACGGCACCCUUCCCGCGUCGGAGACCCAAGUGGUAAUCUCUGACGCUCCGACCGAGGCCGACAAUCUCAGCGAUUGCGGUGAACUCGAGUUGAUCUUCGGUGAAAGCACAUCGCAGCCUGAGAGCCAUACUCCAGUCCCGUCGCCGGCCGGGAAUUCCGUUCCAGGCGAGAAGGUGGCGGUGGCGGUGGCGUGGCAGCCACCGGCGAUAAAGCCGAAGAGCGUUGAGAGAGGGGCGAGGAUAGUGACCGGGUUGGCAUCGCUGCUCAAGGAGAAACCUUGAGACAAAUUUUGGAAUUUGUUUUUUAAUUUUUUAAUUUUCCGGCAAAAAAUGGAUAUAAAUAUUAAAAAAAAGAAGAAAGAAAAUAUAUAAAUG